AGGCUCCAAACGUCAGUGUUUGUGCUCCUGAGAUGCUGCGUCGUCUGCUGUGUUCAUCCAGCUCCACACUUUGUUAUCUUGGAUUCUCCAGCAUCUGCAGUUCCCAUUAUUUCUGAGAUGAAGUAAAAGGGAGGAGGAGAAAUCUCGUGAGGAGCUGUAAAACUCUCUGGAGCUAGCUCCCAAGAACUGCAUGUACUGGUUACAAUUCUGCAGGAAACUGUUUUGUCUGGAAGUUUCACUGUUAACUCUGGUUUGCAAAGGCAUUGCUAACGAUAUGAACAAAAAAAAUCAGCGAGCAAAUAUUUGUGAUUUUAAAGUAUUCAGCACCUCCGCCUCCACUGUAAGGUGAGCCAAUCGGGAUUGGUGCUUGGUCACGUGAUUCGAAAAGUUGCUGGGGAGAAGUUUGGAUAAGGUUUUUCAUUUUGAAAUCUGACGGAAGGGAGAGGAAUUCGAAGCUAGCUGGAGGCGUUAAGGAGAACUGAAAGUGACCAAGCUUAAAGAGUCAAUGAAAUAAAGCGGAGACCAGACUGAGCGUGCUUCCUGGCUGUUAUUGCAAUCCGGAGCCUGGAAGAGCCAAUGGCGUCUAAGGGGAAACAACAUUUGGCAGCUGCUGACUGCAUUCAGACUGAAGAUGGGAAUGACGCUGCAAGAUCUGGGACCCUGAUGUCCCGGGAGGAGGAGUUGCACGAAGCUUGUUUUACUGCUAAGGCGAAGAGGAAGUUGAGGAAGAACUCGUCACGUGACUCUGACUCCAGCCAUGAGUCCUUCUCUGACAAUGUGGAAGCUCCUGGCAUUAAGGGCAAAACGGGAGACAAGAAAUCACGGUCUGGGAAAGGCCGGGGGCUUCCAAAGAAAGGAGGUGCUGGCGGUAAAGGUGUCUGGGGUGCUGCAGUUCAGGUGUACGAUGUGGAGCAGCCGGAUGUCCAUGAUCCCAACUAUGAUGAUGAUAAACAGGGUGAGACUGUUUACCAAACGGUUGUUCCCGAACUGGAUGACUGUGAGUUUGAAAAAGCAGUGACUCCAAUAAUUCAGGAAUACUUUCAACAUGGUCACAAAAAAGAGGUUGCUACCCUCCUGGCUCAGUUGAACCUCGGCAGUAAGAGAAGCAAGCUCCCAUUCCUGUCGGUGAGCAUGGCGCUGGAGGGCAAGGCUAGCCACCGGGAGCUGAUAUCUCGCCUCCUGGCCGACCUGACGGGCAAGCAGAUGUCAGUCGAAGAUGUCGCCUCUGCUUUUGACCAGCUGCUGAGUGACCUGCCAGACCUGGUCCUUGACACACCUGAGGCUCCACAGAUGUUGGGCCAGUUCAUAGCCCGUGCCAUGGCUGACCAUGUCUUACCCACUGGCUUCCUGGACAGUUACAAGGGGAAGGUUGACUGUGAGCAGGCUCGCGUGGCACUGGACAAGGCUGUGGUGCUCCUCAGCAUGAACCGAGGAGUGCGGCUGGACAAUGUCUGGGGGGUCGGUGGUGGCCUGAGACCUGUCAAGCAACUCGUCAAGGAGAUGACCCUAUUACUGAAGGAAUAUCUGCUGUCCACAGACUCUGCUGAAGCUGGGCUCUGUCUGCAGAACCUGGAGGUUCCUCAUUUUCACCAUGAGCUUGUUUAUGAGGCCGUAGUGAUGGUUCUUGAGUCCACCAGCAGCAAUGUCUCUGACCUGAUUGUAAAACUCUUGAAGAGUUUCUGGGAGUCUGGCUUUGUAACUCUUGACCAGAUGAACCGGGGAUUCAAACGCGUGUUUAAUGCUAUGCCAGAUAUCAGUCUAGAUGCACCAAACUCUUACAGCAUUCUGAAGAGUUUUGUGGACCAUUGUCACCAACAAGGGGUCAUCACUAAAGCUCUCCAAGAUCAGUGCCCAACCCGGGAAGCCAAGCCUGCUGUGAGUGAGGACAGGAGUAACUGCGUUGUGCAGGUUGACCAGUAAAAGACCUCCAUAAGUCAGAAUGGCUGCACCUCAGCAAAGUGUAAUGUAUCUACACCUGAGGUGCACUGAGAUUUGCGUCUGGGUUCUGUGGAAUAAAAAGACAAGGCAAAGAAUGAGGAGGCAUUGUCAUUGUUUUAAUAAUGGCAAACUUGCUAAAAAUGUGCUUCUGAGCUUGACUGUGCUGAUCUGAAAUCGGGUCUUGGGCAGUCGGUACUCAAGGGUUCAGUAUAGAACCGAAGCCAGUGGAAUGUGAAACUUUGAAGUGUUUCCCAUCAGGAAUGAGUAUCAAGUAAAGUCAGACACUAUUUGAGGAUUUUGUUUUAUUCUGGGCAUGUUGCAUGCUGCCAUAUACAAAAGUCAGCUGUAUAAUUGGGACACUUUAUAAUCUUUAUGGCCUCUUGACAAUAAAGUUUUACAUUUCAUUA